CUCCAAACCAACCAUACAUCUCUCUCUCUCUCUCUCUCUCUCUCUCUCUCUCUCUUUCGGUUCAUAAAAAAAAUAAUGGGAGUUGAACCAAUUAGUCCGCCAUUGGUAGCCAAGAAAUUAUGGAACGUAAUGAGAAUAGUGUUCCACAUGAUGAGAAAAGGCAUAUCAAAGAGUAAGCUAAUGCUUGAUCUACAUAUGCUCUUAAAGCGUGGAAGAAUAGCCAUCGGCAACCUCUUGCUCGACCACCACCACCACCACUACUACUACGCCCUCACCUGCCGCUCCAAAGAUAUCAGCAUGUCGUUCGUGACACCCCGAGAGUACGAAUUCAGCUGCAGCAACCCCCCGGUUUACCACUCCAAGAGCAAAAACCGCCACCAGCGCCGCCACAACUGUGUAGAAGAAAUAAAUGUGGUUCAAAGAAUGUUAGAUAUGUUGAAUCAUUAUGAUGCGGUGGAAGUAUCUCCAUUGACGAUGCUCCCAGGAUUCGGGGUCAGCCCGGCGGUGAGGCAGUUGAGAGUGACAGAUUCACCAUUUUCGUUAAAGGAUACAGAGGAGAAUAACCACCAAGUGGAUAAGGAUGCUGAAGAGUUCAUUAAGAAAUUCUACAAGGGUUUGAAGAAGGAAAAGAGAAUUGCUGCCUUGGACACACCUUCUCCAUAUUACAUAAAAAUAUGAAAUUAAAAAAAUAAUAAUAAUAAUAAUUCGUGAUGUAUUGUGAAUUUUCGAUUGGGAUUGUGAUAUUGUGCCUUCUUCGACUUGGUAAAAAGUCACAUGACUUGGGCCGUGACAACGUUAUUUGUAUUAUUUCAUGUGAGUUGUUUACGAGAUCGAAGGUAUCUUGUCAUCUUUCACCCCAAAUUCCAAUAAUAAAUCUAGCAAUGGGUUUCGAGUACUUUUAUUUUAA